ACUAAAUCAUAUAUCAUGCGUUGCUUCUUUCGUGAACUCAUUCUUCCCUUAUAUAAGUGCUCAUUUUAUGUUCUGACAGCCAUAUAUUGGCAUGAAAAAUGGAGAAGCUCAAGAACUCUACAAUCUUCACCACCUGCCUUUUUCUCUUCCUCCUUGCCACACCUUGCUUUUCCAAAGAAAUCAACAAGAUGUAUAAACGGAGAAAAUGUAGGUGAAUCGGAUUUGAUGGAUACUGAGGUUUAUGAAAUCGAUUAUAGAGGUCCGGAGACUCACUCAUCAGUUCCACCACCUGGUCACUCUCAUGGGAAGAAGCGUUUGCCUUUGAUCCACAAAGAAAAUGCGAUGGCAACCCCAAAACCUAAGAGCAUUGAAGGUGCUAACAUGGGAAGAAAGGUGAAGAAAGUACAUGGAUGAAGAUACUGAUCUGGACAGUGUGAGUAGUGAUAGUUUUGGUUCUCAAUUUGGUCCCUUUUAGUAUACAUAUCAAUUCUAAAUAUGUAUUAAUAUAUAGAUAAAUACAUAUAGCAAUCUUUAAUUUAUUACAUGUUUUUAUUGCCUUGUGUAAAUGAAGGGCUUCAAGAUCUUAUAUAUGUUCAGAACAAUGAAUAUAUAUUAUCCUUGUGAUUAUCAUUUAUCACGCCUAAGAAUUAAAGAAGUCAAUCUAUAGUUUAUCAA